UUUUGAGUUUAGACGGACGAGCACGGCGUCAUUUGCCGUCACAUCCCGCGUCGAUUGCUGAGCUCUCCCAAGUCCCAAAUCCCAAUCCCUUCGCCCCGAAGGAAAAACGAAACCAGGAAAGAAAUUUCUAAAUUUCGCCUUAAUUUCUCACCAAUUCCCAAACCACCGCGCAUUAAAAGUCCCACCGAAAUCUCCUAUCCCCCGGUCCAGUCUGAUCUGUAUCCGCAACACCGCAGAAGCAACCUCUUCCUCUUGGUCUCCCGCGGCAGGGGAUCUCCGGGUAACCGGGGUUCGUGAGCCCUGCGAUCCCUCGCCUCCGAAGGCAUCGGAUUCCGCGCGCGCGGUUCGGAUUCCCCGGUUGUGCUGUCCUGACUCUUUGGGGGUUUCUGAGCAAUUCCUUCCAGAAGAAGAGCGUUCCCCAAUUUGUGCUGUCUGGUGAGUCCAGAUGGGGCUGCAGCAAUCCAAGGAGGAGCUGCUGUACCAGCAGGUGAAUUACGGCAAUAUUGAGGGGAUUCGGACCCUCCGGACGCAGGGCGCUGGCCUUGAGUGGAUUGACAAGGAAGGGAAGACGCCCCUGAUGGUUGCGAGUAUGCGCCCUGAUCUGCUGAAUGUGGCCAAAGUUCUGAUUGAAUUGGGUGCAAAUGUGAAUGCGUACCGGCCUGGAUCACACGCUGGGACCGCUUUGCAUCAUGCUGCCAAGAGAGGACUUGAGCUGACUGUCCAUUUACUUCUCUCGCAUGGAGCUAAUCCUUUUAUAACAAAUGAUGAUUGCAAUACUGCACUUGAUUUGGCUAGAGAAAAGGGUCAUGUAAAAGUUGUUAGGGCCAUAGAGGGACGCAUUUCUCUUUUUUGUGGCUGGAUGAGGGAGAAUUAUGGUCCUGGCUUUUUGGAAGCAUUUGCUCCUCAAUUCAUGACUAGAAAGAUUUGGGCAGUGAUUUUACCCCGUGAAGCACGGAAUCCAGCAAGACCUGUCAAGCUUGAGUUAGCAAUAUAUCCUGAAUUGCAGGCUUCUAAACCUCGUGCUGUAGUUAAACUUUGGAAAUCUCAAAUUGAGGAACCAAAAUAUAACCAGGCUGACCCUUCCAUGGCAAUUUUUGACAAAGUUACAAAAACUCGAUACAAGAUUCUAUCGGCGUUUGAAGGUGACAAGCAGCAGAUUCGAUCAUUUUAUAGUGCAUGUUGUGGCAUGGCACAGGUUGUCAGCAUGGUUCCUGCACGACCAGCAAAUGCCCCAGUUCCAAAUCCAUUACCAAUAAAUACGUCUUCAACACCUUCAGUGCUAUCCACUCCCAGCAAGGAGGAUGUUGAGUUAGCGAUGGCUAUCAAUGCCUCCAUUCAAUCAGCUAUAGCAGAGGGAGUGCCCAACAUUGAGCCAACAACAUCCACUAUAAACACCAAUGGCUGGGGAAACACUGCAAACAGCUCUCUCAGCGGAUGGGGCCCACCAGACGCUCAUGCACCUUCAAAGAUUAGUGGCCAAGGACAGGCUGAUGCCCCAAGCAGCAGCACAUACAACGGAUGGGAUAUACCUGGAACAAGCGCUAGCCAAAGUUCGUCCACGCCUAACAAAAGCCAAACAAACCCUUCAGUUGUGAUUCCACAGGAGGUACCUCCGACUGUUCCAACACCCACUGCUCUUCCAGCUAUUCCAACACCGACUGCACCACCACUUGCUGAAGGAACCUUCUACAAUGGUCCAAUUCAGUACCCAUCCAUAGAUUUCACACCAGUUGAUGUAACCAUGCCUACUGCCGAAGGUGCUGUGGUGGUAAACUCUUCGAAACCUGGAGAAAAUGACGCGGACACAAGCAGUGGUAACACUCCCUCAGGUACUUGUGUUAUUUGUUUAGAUGCGCCUGUGGAAGGGGCCUGCAUUCCAUGCGGUCACAUGGCUGGUUGCAUGUCCUGCUUGAAAGAUAUAGAGUCCAAGAAAUGGGGGUGUCCCAUUUGUCGUGCCAAGAUUAACCAGAUUAUCCGCCUGUACGCAGUUUAAAAAGUUUGAACAGUGGACCAGCAAGUCGGCAAGAGCAAUGCCUGAGUUUAAUGGGGGGAAGCAUCAUCUAUAAUGUAUGCGAUGAUGUGAUACUGCAGAAUUUGUACCUUCUUAUGUGAACUAUCUGAAGCUACAAUGCAGCAGGCAACUUGUGUAUAGAUGUCCGACGAUUCUGUUGUGCAUAUAGAGUGUAAGCUUUUGUCUUGCUGACUGCUGAGAGAAUUUCAAACGAACCACUUCCGCACUCAAGGUAUUGAGUAUUGACUCUGCCUGGUGUACCAUGUUGUAACUUCCUCGCCAGUUAGUUGUGCUGCCGUGUAGUGAAGGGCUGAGGCCGUGGUUAUAAACUGGUAAACUCUGAAAUUAAUGAAUUGCUAGGAAAGUAAA